ACGGUACUUGCCCGCCCGUCGCUUACAUAUGCGACUGUAUGCAGACCUCGGGCUAUCAUCUAAUCAUCUUCACUUCCAUCCUCUGCGCUUCUGGCGCGCAAACACGCCCGAGGAAGAAAACUCUCCUUGAAGGACUGCCGUGGCCUUGACGUGCUCCGCGUCGCGCCCCGUCAGUGGCCAUGUACUCGGCGCAGACGACAAACGGCCUGGAGGUGACGGACGGCUCAGGAACCAUCAACCCGGCCGCGCUCAAUUCCUCAGGAGCUCUGCCCGACCCCGCCGCAACCGUCACGCCCGAUACAAGUCCUCGAGGCCACAAGCGCAGUCGCUCGUCGGAUAACUACAGCGAUCUGGCAGCUGGCGAUAAUUUGGGGGUUGAUGGUGACCCAAAGCCGCGAAAGCGAGGUCGUCCGAUGAAGACAAGACCUUCUACUGCUGUACCAGAGAGUCCCACUCAAUCGUCAAUGUCGCUGCCAUCUCAACCCGCCCCUCCCCAAACUCCUCAGUCACAGACGGCAGCUUUACCCAACACCACCCCUACUCAAUCAUCGCCGCCGAAGUCCACCACCAAGUCUGUGAUCAAGGCCCUGCCGACUGUGCGAGACCACACCACCGAUCAAUUAACACCUGAAGGAGAUGAAUAUAUACCUCGCGAGUAUGACGAAGCGGGCGAGAAGAAGGUCACAAGCACGGGUCAUCUUCUAGACGGUCGCGACUAUAGAUGCAGAACUUUCUUCGUCCCAAACAGAGGGGACAAGCUAUUCAUGCUGGCCACUGAAUGUGCGAGGGUCUUAGGCUAUCGAGACUCCUAUCUGCUGUUUAACAAGAACAGGUCGCUGUACAAAAUUAUUGCCACCCAGGCUGAGAAGGAGGAUCUCAUCCAUCAGGAAAUACUGCCGUUCUCAUAUAGGUCGCGGCAAAUCGCAAUCGUUACCGCCAAAUCUAUGUUCCGGCAGUUUGGCAGCAGAGUCAUAGUCAAUGGAAGACGAGUGAGGGACGACUACUGGGAAGGGAAAGCGCGGAAGCAAGGCUUCACAGAGGAAGAUCUCGCCGGAGAGAAGAGACCUGGUGCAGCCAAGGCUAGAGAUGCAGCAGCAGCAGCAGCAGAGGCGAGUGCCACUGCCUCGCUCACCCUGGGACACCACGGUGAUAUUGUCUACAGCAACAGUCCUGGACAUUACGGGCUCCAUCAACCGCAAGCCGUCCAACCGGGCAUGCUAGGUCCUGCCGGAACUGCGACGCAACUUCCAAUGAUCACUCUUGCACCAGAGCAGACCGAUAUGCGAUUGCGGGAUUAUAGCAACAUUCAACGGCCAAGGCAGGAGAUCACGGGGCCAGCUUACCAGGACCGAACUCAGGCAAGCCCGCCUACAGAACUUCUCACACAAGCACAUCAUGCUGCGGAAUACAACAAGCAGAUAAACUCCCAACGAGAGCGAAGCAAUGAUUAUCUCCAGCGUCGCUGGAGGCAGCCACACGAGGCCCCCCCUUCGAACAUUACCCAGCCGCCUAUAGGCACGAAUGAGGGGGUCCCUUCAACCCAAGCUCUACAGUCACCUCGUGUCUCCCAAAGUGGCAUACAGCAAUCGUCUAUGUCUCAGCAAACCCCACAGCAUUUGAUGUCUGCGCAGCCCUACUCACAACCCACUCGUCAGCAAAAUCCCAAUGCACAAUCUCCAAUGAGAGGAGUUCCGCAAGGUUCAAUGAGACCAGAUCAGAUGGCAGGUCCCGCUGGUAUGUCGAUGGGUUCUGGCGGUAUUGGCCAAGGAGGAGCAUAUGGCUAUUCACAACAACAAAACCAGAUGUGGCCGCCAUCUCAAGCUCAACAGUCUCCUCAGCACGGCUUUCCCAACUACGGUCAUGGGGCACAGCAAUCUCCUCACAUCCAACAAUCCCCUCACCAACCCCCGCAACUUCGUCAUUCCGGAAGCACCCCACAGAUGCAGCCGGCGUUGCAGUAUCCUGGAAUGCAAGGACUGGGCCAGGGCUAUCCAGCACCAGGGCGAGGUCUGUACCCAGACCAGGGGUCACAACAGUUCAUGCAAGCAACCACUGCCGCUUCUCAGCCAAACGUUCAGGGCUGGGCACUACAACAACCCGGAUCUGGAGGUACGUGGGGCUGGGGGGGACAGCCUCAAUGACGACAUUG